AUGUCUGCACCUCUUCUCUUUCAACCCCCACCACCUCCUCCACCUCGCAACCCUCACCGCCGCAACCGUCGUCCUCCCACCCGUCGGAACCGCCUCUCUCCCCACUCCAUCACCACCACCGACAACGACGGAAGCUUCGGCUUAUCCGACUCUGACGUGCUGUCGUCGUCGGCGGCGCAUGUGGACUCCGAAUGCGGUUCUUCUGGAAUCUUCUCGUAUAAUCAUAGCCGAAUUGAGUCUUCUUCGGAUAAGAUUGAUCUAGAGAGUGGUGAGUUGGAGAUGAAGGUGCAUUGUUUAGGAAAAAAUGAGAAGCUGUGUCGGAUUUGUCACCUGAAUUUUGAGAUUUACGAUGGUGAUACGGCGGAGGACGACGGUGGUGGUGAGAUUGAGUUGGGGUGUAAGUGUAAGGGGGAUCUUGGUGCUGCUCAUAAACAAUGUGCGGAAACUUGGUUUAAAAUCAAGGGGAAUCUGUAA